AAAUCACAGAAAAAAAUGAAGACUAUUCCUCUGCUUUUGAUGGGUUGCGGUGGCGUUGGGCGGCAGCUCCUCCAGCAUAUUGUCUCCUGCCGAUCUCUUCACGCCAAACUGAUGCUGGAAAACACCAAUAGUUUAAUAAACUACCUUCAAGGUUAUUAUAUUGAUGCUUGGAUGUAGACAAACCUGAGUACGUUUAAUUGCUUAUCACCCAGGAUGGCUAAACUGUUGGCUGAUUUGAUAUAGGGAUAUCUGUGUGUGUGUGUGGUAUUUUUGUAUGUAUGUAUGUAUGAGUAUAUAUGUCUAUGCGAAUGCAUGCAUAAUUAUUAGGUUGCUUUAAUAGACCAGGUUUGGUUGGCAGGGAGUUUACUUGAGAGUUGUGGGGGUAUGUGAUAGUAAGUCGUUGAUUGUUGUGUCGGAUGAGUUGUCAAUGGAGUUAGAUGACGAGUUUCUAUUGGAAGUUUGCCGAGUCAAGUUGAAUGGUUCUUCUCUCCUGACACUCUGUAAUUCUGGUCAGUUUCAAGCACUCACCAAUUCAGGCUCAACAAGGAAAGUUGUAGACAUUGCAGCCGUUCUGGGUAAAUCAUUAGGUCUGGCUUUAGUAGAUUGCUCUGCAAGUUCAGAGACUAUUGGAGUAUUAAAACAAGUGGUAGAUUUGGGCUGUUGCAUUGUCCUGGCAAAUAAAAAGCCUCUUACUUCUACCAUGGAGGAUUAUGACAAACUAGUUUCACACCCUCGUCGCAUUCGGCAUGAGUCAACUGUUGGUGCUGGUCUUCCGGUCAUUGUAUCCAUAAAUCGUGUAAUUUCAUCCGGAGAUGCUGUCCACCGCAUUGUUGGGAGUUUGAGUGGUACAUUGGGGUAUGUAAUGAGUGAGGUAGAAGAUGGAAAGCCAUUGAGCCAAGUUGUUAAAGUUGCUAAAAGCUUGGGGUUUACUGAACCAGAUCCUCGUGAUGACCUUAGUGGAAUGGAUGUUGCAAGAAAGGCUUUGAUCCUUGCUCGACUUCUUGGUUGGCGGAUUAACUUGGAUAGCAUUAAGAUUGAGAGCUUGUUCCCUAAAGAAAUGGGACCCAAUGCAAUGUCUGCUGAAGACUUCCUGGACUCUGGGCUGUUAUUGCUUGAUAAGGAUAUCCAAGAAAGAGUUACAAAGGCUUCUUUAAAUGGAAAUGUGCUACGCUAUGUCUGUGUAAUUGAGGGAUCAAGGUGUGAAGUAGGCAUUCAAGAGCUUCCCAAGGAUUCUCCCUUGGGAAGGCUGAGAGGAAGCGACAAUGUGUUAGAGAUAUACAGCCGAUGUUAUAAUGAACAGCCACUGGUUAUUCAAGGUGCUGGUGCUGGCAAUGAUACUACGGCAGCUGGAGUCCUUGCUGAUAUCCUUGACAUCCUGGCUUUGUUUCCUGAAUAAGUUAUUUGUCUUGCAUAGAAGAAACUCAGGACUCAGGGAUGCCAAUAUCUGGGAACAAUAAUAAUAUGAAUACUUUCUCCCUGGAAAACUCCUACUUAAAAUGGAUCCACCCCCGAUUUUAACCGUUUUGGCUGGUUGAAACUAUUGAUGGAAACAUUGAAAAUGGUAAGUUCUAUUCCGAAUUAAUUUAAUAGCCAAUUUGCUCCGAAAAAUCUUAAAAUUGGGAUCAAUUUUGCUGAGAGAUGUGCAUGGCAUGCUUUUGGUUUUAUGCAAUUGGAUUAU